UGGCGAUUUAACAGGAUGAGUUUUGACCUACGAUGGCUGCCGCCAGCAGGAGCCAUUAUUACAGGGAGCCCAGACCACCAUUCAGACGGAAAAUAAUGCCUUUUGAAUCAUACUGGACUUUCGCUUUUCUAAUUUUGACUGCAAGCAAGUGUUUGGCAGACGACGAUCAUGAAAUGGAAGAGUUUUUGAAGCGAGAGUAUUCCCUUUCCAAGCCAUACCAAGGUGUGGGAUCCUUAGGCUCCUCGCAUUGGGAGCUGAUGGGGGAUGCCAUGGUAACCACCGAGCAGGUACGCCUCACACCUGACAUGCAGAGCCGGCAGGGGGCAGUGUGGAGCCGCCUUCCUUGCCAUCUGACAGAUUGGGAGAUGCAGGUGCACUUUAAGAUUCACGGGCAAGGGAAGAAGAACCUGAAUGGUGAUGGGCUAGCCAUAUGGUACACUAAGGAACGUGCACAAAAAGGUCCUGUAUUUGGAAAUAUGGACAACUUCACCGGCUUGGGUGUGUUUGUGGACACAUAUCCUAAUGAGGAGAAACACCUAGAGGCACAGAAGAAAAGAUAUACUCCUCGCACGCAGAGAAUUUUCCCCUUCGUCCUGGCCAUGGUUGGGAACGGCAGCAUCAGCUAUGACCACGAGCGGGAUGGUCGGCCAACAGAGCUGGGCGGCUGCAACGCAAUGGUGCGCAACCUCAAACACGACACCUUCCUCUUCAUCCGAUACGUCCGCCGCAGGCUCACGGUGAUGAUAGAUAUUGACGGGCAACAUGAGUGGAGGGACUGCCUGGACAUUCCCGGGGUGCGGCUUCCCAAAGGUUAUUAUUUUGGAGCCACAGCCAUCACUGGAGACCUCUCAGAUAACCAUGAUAUCAUUUCCCUGAAACUCUACCAACUGACGGUGUUGCGGAGUCGAAAGGAAGAGGAAGAGGAGGAAGAAGAGGAGAUAACCAUACCCAGUGUGGAUAACAUUGAGCUACUGAGAUUGGGUCAGACUGAAGAAGGGAUGAGUGGAUUAGCUAUUUUCUUCACCGUCUUCUUCUCCAUGUUGGGCUGCAUCUUCCUCAUCGUUAUCGGCCUAGUGGUCUACAGCCACUGGAGCGAGAGCCGACGCAAGCGCUUCUACUGAGAAAGACCAAAAAAACAUGGUGGCGAUUGUGAUGACUACUGUGGACCCAACCGCACUGAGACGGUGAGCCACCAGUAGAGUGCAGCAGGUCGUUUUUAUCCUGAGGACAACACUGUUUGAACAGAGGACGAAGUAGAUACAUCACCUGCUACAAAAAGCCAUUGUCCAACUUUGCCAUUGGUCGUCAUGAAGCAGUAGGACUUUAUUUUUGUCCUGCCUGACACACACCAACUCGGCCUUACCAUCUUCGCGUCUGUACUUGUUACACAGCAGCGGACAUGCAUUAUGACAUCUAACGAGCAGCUACAUUUUUAUUUUCAUUGUUCGCAGCAAAAUGACAAAUUCAAAUUUCUUUUUACUAUUUUUCAGUUUACUUAUGUGAUUUUAUGCCUUUGUGAAACUGAAAUAUAUAAGAAUCUAAUGUGUUCCCACUCUUUAGUGUGACUUGAAGCGCUAACCGUAUAGCACUAAAAACCAAUGAUGCUGUGCUUACUCUAGGUCCUUGCUAACUAAAGAUGCAUCCAGACUUGCAUUAGACAAAUGUCUGAGGAUACUAUGUAGUAUGCUGUAUAUUCUCAUCAUGUAGUUGUUGUGUGCAUGACAUGUGAUGGAUAUUUUUUGAGGAAUUGUCUCGGCAACCACUGUUGUUCGUUAACAUGAUGCUUUAACUUUUAUGUAAAGCACAUGCAGAAAACUGACUUGUCCCAUUGAUGCAUGUGGCAAAGCAAUUUUGCUCCCUUCACCAAAUUUUAUGAGUAUAUAAGGAAAUGGAUCAAAGUUUUUGUUGAUCAGUUUAGAGCAAACUCUUCUAAAUAUAUAUUUAAGUACAUACAUUUACAUAUCUGAAAUGGACUUUGCACUGAAGAGAAUUUGAAUGACUACUUAUUUGUUGUAAAUCAUUUUUCUUUGCACACUGAACACUAAAAUUACUUUGUUUGUUUCUUUUUUGUUAUAUGUAAAAACACCACCUCUGUGUUUCCGUCAUACGGUAUAUGCUUUUGCAGCGAACUGAACAUGCAGGUUGCCUCCUUUGGAUGGAGGUGUUGGCCGGGCCCUCUCGACAUCUGUACGUUCUGGAAAUGGCUGCAGGCCUCAUGUCAACAUAUUUUUUUAUGUGGUACUUUGUUUUCAAUUGUGCAACGAGUAGGGAUUUCCUUAUUUCCCUGUAACCACUUUAACAACCGCCCUACCUUAUUUCUGUUGUGUGCCUCAUAAAUCCAAUCAGUGAUCCAUAAAUUACAGUUAGUAACUACUCUCGACUUCGUCCUGAACCAUUUCUACUGCCUCCUUAAAGAGCAAACAAGACCUACAUUGAUAUUGUUGAUAACCUUUGUGAAGUGGGUGACAUGCAGGUCAACAGCAUACAGAUAGUCUUUGUUUAUGUGCUCCAGAUAGAAAGUUAAAGAAUAAACCGUGCAUCGUAGAAACCUCAUCAGACCGUUUCAGCUUUCAGUGUGUGUGGGAAACAACAUCCUAAUUUUAAGAUGACAUAACAUCCCAUCAAUAAUCCAGGCCAACUGUCUGAGGUGCUUCUCACGCAGCCAUGCGAUGAAGCUCCAGAUCAAUAUCUUAGCUUUGUCACACAUCUGGGCAGGGGCAUGAUUUUCACUUACAGGGCACAAGGUUAAUUUCUCAAAUGUUUCCGGCUUUACAAAUGUUUUUUUUACAAGAAAACACCAGGAUCCUGCAAAAGACUACUUGAGAUUAAAUGGAAGAAAUGUUGGAGUCAAGAAAUGGCAAGGGUCGGUCAGUUGAGUGCCAAUCUUUGUUUUAUUAAAAAAAUAAAAUACAAAUGAUGACCCAACGAGUACACAGCAGACUUCUUACUAAUACCAAAAGCAUUUUUAUCUAUCAUUCAGUGCUUUAUUCUUUUUAGACUUUAGUCAUUUUGGCUUGUUUAAAGUUAUUAAAAAAAAAAGUAGAAAUAGUCUGUUGUGAGUUUGCAGAUGCCUGCUUCUUUCUUAGACUAGGAGGUUUCUAAAUUUUGA